AAUAGACAAUUCUCCACCAAUUUCAUUGUCGACAUCGAGUACCAAUAACUCAGAUGAUCAGAAUGUCGUAAAUAAUGAUAAGAUUUCAAAUGAAAGUCACAAUAGAAAACCAAAGCACACAGGAGAACGCCAAGGUCUAAGAAGUGUUGAAGAAAUAGAUCCUAAGUACAGAGAUGUGUUCAGCUUUCAACAUUUCAACGUCGUACAAACUAAAGUUAUUGAAGACGCUUUGUAUUCUGACAAAUCUUUAGUGGUAUGUGCGCCGACUGGAUCCGGGAAAACCGUUAUUUUUGAAAUGGCCAUUGUUCAAUUGCUCAUGGAGAUGGAGGAGAAAAAUAUCGAUGAAGAUUUUAAGAUUAUUUACAUGGCGCCAAUCAAAGCGAUAUGUACUGAAAGGUUAACCGAAUGGUACCCAAAGUUUACUAAAUUUAAUUCAUUAUGCAUUGAAGUAACAGGUGAUACUGACGUUGAUUUCUCACAAUUGAAACCUUACAGGAUUAUAAUAACAACACCGGAGAAAUGGGACAUGUUGACAAGACGAUGGCGUGACUACAGAGGUAUGGUUGAAGUUAUCAAAUUGUUCCUCAUAGAUGAAGUUCAUAUAUUGAACGAUGUUACUCGUGGUCCUGUCUUAGAGGCUGUUGUAAGUCGGAUGAAGACGAUACAAUCUUCAAUACAAUCAACUUACCGAUUAGAGCAACUUCAAAAGCAACAAGGCAAUAUAAAUAUAUCCCAAAUAGAGGCAAAUGCACCUAAAAUAAGAUUUGUCGCGGUUUCUGCUACAAUAAGUAAUCCUGAAGACGUCGCGGAAUGGCUAGGCACUACAAACAAACCCGCUGUGUUUUAUAAGUUUGGAGAUGAAUGUCGUCCGGUGAAGAUAAAGCGAGUUGUCGAGGGCUAUCCCUGUCCCGUAGGAAUGAGUAUAUUUAAAUUUGAUAUUGCCUUAAACUAUAAAUUGUGGCCCAUCAUUCAGAGAUAUCAUGAUAAGAAGCCAACAUUGAUUUUCUGUAAUACUCGAAAAGGUGUGAUUCUAACAGCCGAGGCUUUAUCCCGGGAGAUUACAUUUAGGUUUAGCGAAGAACAAAAAGCGAAACUCACGGCUUUGGCUUCCGCUAUUAAGACUAAGAAAAUUCAAACAUUAGUAUUGUGCGGUAUCGGUUGUCACCACGCCGGCUUGCUGUUCGAAGAGAGGGUGAACAUAGAGAGAGCGUUUCGUAAUAGCGACCUUCCCAUACUGAUAACUACAACAACGCUAGCAAUGGGUGUCAACUUACCAGCACAUCUUGUAAUAAUCAAGAAUACACAGCAAUAUGUCAAUGGAACUUACCAGGAAUACAGCAUCAGUACGGUGCUGCAGAUGGUCGGUCGCGCCGGAAGACCUCAGUUCGAUUCCGAAGCCACAGCUGUUAUCAUGACACGUCUUGCUGACAAGGCAAGAUAUCAAGCCCUGGUCGGAGGAUGUGAGCCACUGCAAAGCUACUUACAUAAACGCUUAGCUGAAAAUCUAAACAGUGAAGUGGCUCUGGGAACUGUGACCGACCUAGCGCAGUGCGUUCAAUGGGUGCGUUCCACGUUUCUCUUUGUACGAGCAGCACGCGACCCCAAGAUGUACCUAGGUCUACCGCAGUCAGCACCCACUGAUCUUAUUUCCAAAAAAAUUGAAGAAUUAUGCAUGAAAGCUGUGAACGGAUUAGAAAGCUCAGGUCUCAUAACAAAGGACGAAGUUUGCUGCAUACAAUCAACAGAGGCUGGCCGUCUGCUAUCGAUUUACUAUUUGGACUUGGAUACGAUGAAACGUAUAAUGAAAAUAAAAGGCGACGAGUCUCUAGAACAGUUAUUAUGGGUUGUGUGCGAGAGUCACGAACUAUCUGAUAUGCACCUCCGCGUCGACGAACGGAGAUGCCUGAAUGCUCUCAACAGAAACAAUACAGCCGCAACUAUACGCUUUCCUAUGAAGGGCAAGAUCAAUACGAGACAGAUGAAACUUAACUGCAUCAUCCAGGCAGUCCUCGGCUGCUUGCCCAUCCAUGAACCUUCCUUAAACCAAGAGGCCAUCAAGAUAAUGCGAAUCGCUGUUCGUAUUUGCAAAUGUUUAGUAUCGUAUGUAACUCGACCUAACGCGUUGAAGACUUUCCCGCAAAAUUACCAGGCUAUAUUGAAUGCUAUAAUUUUGGCGAAAUGCAUGGAAUCACAAAUUUGGGAGAAUUCAAAAUACGUGAGCAAACAACUGAAAGGUAUUGGUCCGACUUACAGUGCAUUGCUCGCUACUGCUGGUAAAAUCAAUUUUAUGUUACUAGAAGAAAGUCAUCCCCGAGAUUUGGAAAGGAUAAUGAACAAAGGUCCGCCGGCUGGUAAUAUUCUGCGCAAACAAAUAAGUUUACUACCAAAAUAUCAACUAUCAAUAACACCGAUAGACGAAAAUAGCGUAAAGAUACAACUAAUACUCUUAAAUCAAACGUUUUUGUCUGAGAACCUGGAUCAUUUGACUGCCGGUGCCAACCACAAAUCUUAUAUAAUAAUUGGAGAUUCCGAAAACUACCUAUUGAUAUUAGCAUCGUUCAAAGACAAAGACUUAAUAACCAUUUACAAUGGCGAAAUCACAUAUCAAACUGUAAGACGACAUCACUUUGAGCACAAAAUUAUGGCUCAUUGUAUUAGUUCCAAUUUCGUGGGCAUUGAUGUGUACUCUGAAUAUCUUUUUCAAGGACUGGACUUAUUCUACUCAAAGGAUAUACCAAUGUCUUCAAAAGAGAAAACAGAUAUCAAAAAUAAUAAACAAAUGACCAUAACGGAUACUUUUAAAAUACGGAAAAGAAGAAACCACGAUCCCGUUCAAACGAAUACUGCAGAAAAAAAGAAAUGUGAUUUUGCUAUAAUAGAACAAAUUAAAUCCUUCACUCAAUCACAUGAUAAAUUACGCAAUGUAAUUGAAAGAGAAAAAAAUGAAGACGAUGAAAAGUUUAGUGAUUUACAGCAAAAUAGUUUUGAUGUGGAUAUAGUUAAUGACGAUCAAAUUUUUAAGAAUUUUGAUGAAAGUAAUAUAGAAAAGGACGAUGAACAAAUAAAUGAAAUUUUAAAUGUAAUCGAUAAAGAAAUUCUGCAACAAGAUAGACCUAACUACAAUAUUACUCAAAAACAGGUGCUAGUUGUACCUAACCCUUUUAGUACUAUGAAUGUGAGAAAGAAAACUUAUGAUCUAGAAGUUGAGACAGCAAAUUUUAUAACUAAAAGUUUUAACAACACAAUAGACAAACAGAAAAAUUUUAAUGAUAUUGAUAAAUUACAGAAGAAAGCAAAUUUUACGAAUUUUAGUGAAAAUAACAAAGAAGAGGACGAUGAACAAAUAAAUGAAAUUUUAAAUAAAAUCGAUAACGAAAUCUUGCAACUAGAUAGACCUAAGUACAAUGUAACUGAAAAACGGGUGCCAGUUGUGUGUAAUCCUUUUCGUAUUGUGAAGACACCAAAAACUAAAGCUGCAUGUUUUAAUAAGACAAUACAAAAAGAAAAAAACAACUUUAAUGUUAUUGAUGAAAUACAAAAGAAAGCAAACAGUAUGAAUAAAAAUGAUGAUAUAAUUGUCACAGAUGAUCAAAGUACGUUUGUAAAUACUGUUAAAAAUCAUAUUAAUCAAUAUUUAGAAAAAGCUAAACAAAGUCGUAAUGUAGGAAAACAAGUUCUUGAUUUGGUAGAAAUAAGUCCCAAUAAAUCUUUCUGUGAAAGGAAUACCAAUCUAAAACAAACCAUUGUCUCCAGUGAUAAAGACCUUUCAGUAACUAAUGACCAAAAGAAUGCUUAUUUUACUGUCAAAAAUAUCCAAGAUACUUCAAAAAGCAACGAAAACGACAAUGCUGUUUUAAUUUAUGAAGAUAAGAAAAAUACUGAAGGAUUUAAAUUAUCACAAAUUCAAAAGAAAGGCUUGGACAAUACAAUCGUCACCGAAAUUCCGAAUAUUAAUAUUACCAAUAAUGUAAUACCACACCAUGAAAAUAAGUCAAGUCUAACUCAUCAUGACCUCGAUGAACUUGAAUUCAAGAGAUUCGAAGAGGGUGAUUCAAAUUACAUUAACACUCUCAGUAUUUGGAAUAACAUUGAAAAAGACGAAGCUACAUCAAACCAUGCAAAUGAGCUAAAUAUAUCAAAGGAUUUCUUUGCAUUAGAAGAGUUACAAAAUAAGCAUGAUAAUGACACAAUUUCCAACGCCGUUGUUAAUAUCUAUCCAAAAAAUCUCAAUUCCUUAGACUAUGAAACUAAAUCCAGCAAAAAUAACGAUAUGGAUUAUCACAAUCUAAAAACCAGUGCAAAUUCUAAAAGAAUACCUAAUGUAGAAAAUGUAAACCAUAAUACAACAAAAGACUGUAACUUACAAAAACUAGAAGAAAAUGAAUUAAAUUACAACGUUGUCGGAACUAAUAAUGAAGAUAAAUUUGGCGUUAAGACAAGUUUAAAUUCAGAUCACAUCAAAUACUUAGAACUAAAUAGUGUCGAUAAAAGAAUGACAUUUGAGUAUUCAAAUGAUAACGAUGAAUAUAAAAAGGCCUUGGUUCCAAUUUUAUGUUCUAAUGUUGCCAAUAAUGUUUAUGAAAACCGCGAGCUUUGCCCUAACAGUACUUUAGAACCAGUAGCUCCAAAGAUGAAAGAUAUAUUACUCGAUUCUAAAAAUAAUGAUAUCCCUUUUCAACCAUAUUUCAACAAACUAUUAGAUAAUACUGUUUCCUCCGGAUGUGAUUACUUGAAAGCGUAUUCAUUUUCCAAAACACAAGUUAAUGUAUGCACGAAAAGUAAUACUGAAGUUAAUUAUUGCGUUAUAAGUAAAGUUCAAAUUGAUUUUGACAUUAUUAAAAAUCAAUCUACCUUAGAAAAAGGUAAUAUUAUGUCCAUUGAAGAGGAACUCACUAACAUUUUAGUGGACAAUAAAUUAAAUGAAAGUUCUAAAAUGGAAAGUGUACAAACGAAUAAUAUUCAUAAUAAUCAAGAAAAUUUCAUCACAAUACCACGAGAAUUUAAAGAAAGCUCUCCAUCAUCAGAAAAAUUGAACGAACGUUGUGAAGAAAAGCAUAAGGAACAAAAUUACUCCAUUCCUAAAACUUGUCCCACAGUUAAAGACAUUAUCAACAAAUACCAAAAACUAGCCUCCAGGUAA